UCAAACAUAACUCAAAAUAGUCACCUCCCAAAAAAUCUUCUUUUUUUCUUGAGGGAGAGAGAGAGAGGGAGACAAGUUUGGUCUGGACAUAAAGACAUUCAUUUCAAAUUUGUCAGCAAAACUCUCACGGGCAAUCGGAGAGAGAGGAGACAGACAGAGGUGGUGGUGCACAAGAAUCCUCCCCUACACAAGUCUUGUGUAAGAACAAUCUCUCAAUUAUCAUCCUCUGUUUUAGGCGGGUAUAAGCAUUGAGAAUGGGAAGAGAAGUUGUUGAUGUACGUACGAACCGAAACGCUGACGGUUCAAGCGGUAGGGUUCACGUUGCUCCUAAGAUAGCUGCAGCCGCUGGGUCUGAGACCGAGGAAGAGUUCGAAGUCAAGGAAUGCACCGAGGAGGAUUCUCAUUCUGAGAAUGCACCAAACCUUGAAACUGGAGCUCAAAACUCGCCUAAAACCCCUAAACUUUCAAAGCGUGAUGCUCCUCUUCUCGGGGUGAGGAAGCCACUGCAACCUGAUAACAAGAAGCAUAUGGAUGAUGAGGAUGAUAGCUUCUCCAUCGCUUCUUCCUUGAGGAGGGCCAAGUCAGGAGUGACACAUGGAAGUGCACCAACGUUUAAGAGUGCUCAGCGUGCUGAGAAACGCAAAGAGUAUUACCAAAAGCUUGAGGAGAAGAACCAAGCGCUCGAAGCCGAAAGGAACGAGCUUGAACAAAGGCAAAAAGAAGAACAAGAAGCAGCAUUGAAACAGCUCAGAAAGAAUCUCAAGUUCAAGGCUAAACCUGUCCCUAACUUCUACUACGAUGCACCUCCGGCUAAACCUGAGCUCAAGAAGCUUCCUUUGACACGUCCCAAGUCGCCAAGACUCAUCCUUUCUCGGAGGAAAAGCUUCAGCGACGCAGUCACCUCGUCUUCGUCGUCGUCUUCCCGUGAAGAAGUUCUGAAGACAGCCUCUAACAGGAACCGACACAGCACCGGAACAGUCCAGAACAAGAACACCAAUGCUGUGCAUGACAGCAGCCCUCGUUUCAGAUCUAGCAAGGGUAAAGGUUGUCUGAAACCAGUCAACGAGUCCUUGGAAGAAGCUUGUGAGGCUUAAACCGAUGAUUGAUGCUUUGUUAUUAGUCUGUGUUUAUCUCUCAAGUCUCAAAUCUAACUUUGAUCUUUGUGGGAGAAAAAUUUAAAAUCUGUUCGGUUAUUUCUGGUAUAUGGUUGGUUCACGAUGUAGUAACCGUCUUUCUCGGGUUUACUUGUAAGGUGAAACUUUUUAUGUUGAUUGUUGAAGCAAACUCCUAAUGUUGAAACUUGUAUAUUUUGAGUGUUCCUUUUUUUGGGAUCUUCCUCCUAUAUGUUAUUGACUAAAUGUAUAUAUUAUCAUUAAAUUUUAUUUAUAGCAAUCACAAUUGAUCUUUA